AUCAUUCAAUCUACUUAACAUUACUGUGUUUAGAGCAAAUAAAACAAUAUUUAAUAGCGGGAUAAUCUCACUUUUUAACUAUCUUUGUUGCGGGCUGAAAGGGGCGGAGCCACGCGGGAGCAUAACCAAGAUGGCCACCUUCACUGAAAGGAUGGCGCCUGUCUUGGUGCUCUGGCUGGCCGUGUUCCUCAGUGGGACGUGGGCUGUGGACAGGGGCAACUUCAAGACCUGUGACCAGAGUGCCUUCUGCAAGCGCCAACGAGCGUUGAAGACUGGGGAGUCUCCCUAUCGAGCCCUGCUGGAGACCAUGGAGCUGACCAACACCAGGCUCACACUGCAGCUCAUCAAUGACAACAAUAAGGUGCGUCUGCUGCUCGAGCUCUACCGUCUCCAGGGAAACAUAACAAGGGUGAAGAUUAACGAGCUGAAGCCGCUGAAGCCUCGAUAUGAGGUCCCAGACGUGCUCAUCAGGGAGCCGCCGACUGAGCCCCUGUCUCUCUUGUCUCAAGAUGAGAACGGGGUGGUGCUGUCCUUGGGGGCGGAGUCUCAGAGGGUCAUCGUCAGCGCACGUCCCUUCCGGUUGGACAUCAUGGAAGGGCGAGACGUGCUGAUGUCACUGAACUCACGCGGCCUGCUGGCCUUUGAGCAUCUGAGGAUGCGCAAGGACACUUUCUCCUAUAAAGUAACUAGCACAGUGGCUAGCGUGUGGGAUAAUAUCAAGAGGGUAUUCUCUAGUCAGGCAGAGCCAGAGGCUGAGAAGAAAGAGGAGGCUGAUCCGGCAACCCAGGCCGAGACAGCAAAAGAAGAGGAAGAGAAAGUAGAAGACGGGAUGUGGGAGGAAACGUUUAAAUCGCACUCAGAUGGCAAACCUAGUGGUCCAUCUGCUAUUAGUUUAGACUUUUCAUUGCCGGGUGUGGAGCAUGUCUACGGCAUCCCAGAACACGCAGACACCCUCAGACUCAAAACAACAGAUAAUGGAGAUCCGUAUCGGCUCUAUAACCUGGAUGUUUUCCAGUACGAGCUGUAUAACCCUAUGGCCCUUUACGGAGCUGUCCCAGUCAUGUUGGCCCACAAUGCCCAGCGGACCACAGGCAUCUUCUGGCUCAAUGCCGCUGAGACCUGGGUGGAUAUCAGCUCCAACACAGCUGGCAAAACCGUGUUUGGAAAAAUGCUGGAUUAUGUUCAGGGCUCCAGUGAGACUCCACAGACAGACGUGCGUUGGAUCUCUGAAAGCGGCAUCAUCGAUGUCUUCAUUAUGCUUGGACCCACACCCAGAGACGUCUUCUCUCAGUACGCCUCCCUCACAGGCACCCAGUCCUUCCCUCCCCUAGCUGCUGUGGGUUACCACCAGUGCCGCUGGAACUACAAUGACCAGGAGGAUGUGCAGGCUGUGGAUGCAGGCUUUGACGAGCACGACAUCCCCUAUGACUACAUCUGGCUCGACAUUGAGCACACGGAUGGCAAACGCUACUUCACCUGGGAUCCACACAAGUUUGCAACACCAAAGGAAAUGCUGCAGGGUCUCCUGGACAAGAAACGCAAGAUGGUGGCCAUUGUAGACCCUCAUAUCAAAGUAGACAGCAACUACAAGAUCCAUAAUGAAAUCCGUAGUCGGGGUUUCUAUAUCAAGAAUAAAGAUGGUGGAGACUACGAGGGCUGGUGCUGGCCUGGAAGUGCCGGCUAUCCAGACUUCACCCGUGCAGACAUGAGGGACUGGUGGGCCAGCAUGUUUGCCUAUGAUCAAUAUGAGGGUUCCAUGGAGAACCUGUACACGUGGAACGACAUGAACGAGCCGUCAGUCUUUAACGGGCCGGAGGUCACCAUGCACAAAGAUGCAAUGCACGGAGCCUGGGAGCACCGUGACGUACACAACAUAUAUGGCUUCUAUGUUCAAAUGGCCACAGCGGAGGGUCUGAUCCGCAGGUCAGGGGGAGUUGAGCGUCCUUUUGUCCUGACCAGGGCCUUCUUUGCUGGGUCACAGCGCUACGGUGCUGUGUGGACAGGAGAUAAUGCUGCUGAGUGGGACCAUCUGAAGAUCUCUAUCCCAAUGUGUCUGAGUCUUGGUCUGGUUGGAAUCUCUUUCUGUGGUGCUGACGUUGGUGGGUUCUUCAAGUCUCCGAGCAGUGAGCUGCUGGUGCGUUGGUACCAGACUGGGGCAUACCAGCCCUUCUUCAGAGCCCACGCCCACCUGGACACACCCCGCCGCGAGCCUUGGCUGUUUGGCCCGGAGAACACGGCGCUGAUCCGUGAAGCGGUACGCCAGCGAUACACCCUCCUGCCUUACUGGUACCAACAGUUCUACCACGCACACCACACCGGAGAGCCCAUCAUGAGACCACUGUGGGUAGAAUAUCCUCAGGAUCCUGCUACUUUCGCUUUGGAUGACGAGUUCUUGAUCGGGAGAGACCUGUUGGUGCACCCAGUUACUGAAGAGGGAGCCAGGGGAGUCACCGCCUACCUGCCUGGAAAAGACGAGGUCUGGUUUGAUGUCCACACCUUCCAGAAGCACAACGGGGCCCAGAACCUUUACAUCCCUGUCACCAUGAGCUCUAUCCCCGUGUUCCAGCGCGGCGGCUCUAUUAUUCCCAGGAAGAUGCGCGUUCGCAGGUCCUCCACCUGCAUGAUGCACGAUCCCUACACCUUAUAUGUGGCUCUUAACCCCAAGAGAACUGCAGAGGGCGAGCUCUACAUCGAUGACGGCCACACCUUCAACUAUGACAAGAAGGAGUUCAUCCACAGGAGGCUGUCCUUCGCCAACAACCUCCUCUCCUCUGUUAACCUGGCUCCAGACGCCCAGUUUUCCACCCUCUCCUGGAUUGAACGCAUCAUCAUACUGGGAGCCAGUAAGCCCAGCAAGGUUACCCUUAAGACUGCUGAUGGUCAAGAGAGCCAAUUAGAGUUUGACUUUGAUGCCUCCAUGUCAAUGUUGACGCUCCGCAAGCCUGGCAUGAACGCAGGGGAAGACUGGAACGUGAUGCUUCAGUAACGACAGAGACAAGAUGUGGAUCAGGAGGAGAAAUUGACUGAACUGAACAGAAGAGAGCGAGAGAGAGAGAGAGAGAGAGAAGGAGACAGACACAAGCCAGAUAACAUGAUAGCAUCAUGGAAAAUAAGGACAUAUACACACACAAACACAUUGAAUACAUAGUUUUAAUCCCUGCACACACACACACACACACACACACACAGAAACCAGUGUAGACCUGUCAGUUGAACUGAGUUGAACUGAGCCACGUAACGUCGCUGCCAUGUCCCUCUUGUUUUUCAGUCGCACUGUAAUACCUAACAACAAAAAGAGGUUACUGCUAGAUAGAUGAUUAUGUUUGUCACAUUUUUCAAAUAGAUACCAAUUGAGAAAAAUCAUGUAAUUGUAAUGAAUCUUUGGGUAAAGAGAGAAAACAUUCAGGCACCUUUUCUUGUCCAUUUUGUUGUCCUCCUCAGUAGAAAGAUCACUGUGGGGGAUUGUUUGCUACUUAAAAUGAAGGCUCACAUUGAAAGCACAUACGCCACCUGCUGGUGAUUUCCUCUGUCUGGUUCUGACUUGAUACUUUUCUAAAAUUAAUUCCAAACCUUCUUUACC